CUUUAUUUCAUUACAAUAUAAAUAAAUAAGAAAAUAAAACAUUUAAGAAAAAGCCGAGACGAAAAUCAAAUAGAAGAGAUGACAAAGGCACGUCAUCAUCACGACUUGGAUUUUGCAGUUGAGUGGCCAAAAUUGAUUCAUUUCGUCCUUCCCUCCAAUCGCACAACUUUUACACUCAUCGUCCUUUCUCAUCCACCGCACACACCCAAGCCAGCUUAGACGCGACGGAGAUGAAAUCUGCGGUGGCGGAGAUGGCCGGAGGGCGAAUAGUUCCCUUAUCGCCGCCCCUCAUUUCUUCUGGUUAUACCUGCUGUUUGCUCCCUCUCAGGCGACUCUCACUUGCUUCUUCAGGGAUGAGUGGGCCUAGCUUAUGCAGUGCCUUUUCCGCCAGCAAUCGAGCUCUGUUUCUAUCCGAAACCCUGGUUGAAUGUCAGGUCCCAAGACCUAGACUCGUCCGCGCAGCUGCCGAGUCAACUCAAUCAUCAUCUGUUUCCCCCACUACUAGUGCCGACAAAUUGAUAGUUGCCGACAACGAGUUCUCCCUCGCCAAAGUUUCUUUUGGUGUCAUUGGAUUGGGUGUUGGUGUUACACUUCUCUCGUAUGGUUUCGGUGCAUACUUCAAUAUCCUUCCAGGAUCUGAAUGGUCUGCAAUUAUGCUAACCUAUGGGUUUCCACUAGCAAUUAUUGGCAUGGCUCUCAAGUAUGCAGAACUUAAGCCUGUACCCUGCUUGACCUAUUCGGAUGCUGAGGCAUUAAGAGAAAAAUGUGCUACUCCAAUUCUAAAGCAGGUCAGAAAUGAUGUUACAAGAUAUCGUUAUGGGGACGAGCAGCAUCUUGAUGAAGCAUUGAAAAGGAUUUUUCAAUAUGGGCAGGGUGGAGGUAUUCCCCGAAGGAGUGCUCCUAUCUUACAAAUGAUUCGUGAAGAAAUGACUGAGGAUGGUAGAUACUCUCUGAUAUUGGUAUUUGAAGCUAAAGCUCUGCAGCUGUCAGAUUUUGAACAGAGAAAAACAUUGGAGCCUUUGCUCUGCAGGAAACUGAAUCUGAAGUGA